AUGGAUUCACUUGGCUGUUGCACAUGCGAUGGCGCCUUUGUGGUGGAACUGAUUGCUUCCCUGGACUUGCUGUCGGAUAUUCUGGUGAUCAUUCAGGUCGCCGGAGAGUAUCCGGGGGCUGAAGACUACGGCACUUUGUUCCAUACAGGUGUUGGAUUUUGGGCCAUCCAUGGCUACAUUCGUCUUAUCCAUGAGGGCAUGGCUAUUUCCAAGAAACCGACGGGGGGCAAAUCCCAGUUGUCUCGCCUCGCCUACGGCAGCCUCGGCCUAGUUUGGGCCCUUGUUGGAAGCUUUGUUCUUCUUGAAAGCUGUUUCGCCUCGUUUUACUGCCACUGGAUCCUCUUCUGGGAUUAG